AAGCCGCGCAGAUCCAGACUGCACGAUUAACGCGUCCGCCAUGCAUCAGGCGCCGCCGGUGAAAGAAGAGCACAACGAUUAAAUCCCGCAGAAAUCCCGUAGAAACCCGCGGCGAGCCAUCCGUUACCGCGACCCGACGUCCAUCAGCGCUCGUGCCGCGGCAGAGAGACAUAAACGCAGAUAGACGGACAGAGAGAGCCACUGACUGAAGGAUGGAGUGGCAGCCGGAUGAACAGGGUUUACAGCAGGUGCUCCAGCUGUUGAAGGACUCUCAGUCUCCAGAUACGGCCACACAGAGAGCUGUUCAAGAGAAACUGGAGCAGCUGAAUCAGUAUCCCGACUUCAACAACUAUCUCAUCUUCGUCCUCACCAGCCUCAAAUCCGAAGACGAGCCCACCCGUUCUCUGAGCGGUCUGAUUCUCAAGAACAACGUGAAGGCUCACUACCAGAACUUCCCUCCGGCUGUGGCCGACUUCAUCAAGAGAGAGUGUCUCAACAACAUCGGAGACCCGUCCCCGCUCAUCCGCGCCACCAUCGGUAUUCUCAUCACUACUAUCGCCUCUAAAGGGGAGUUGCAGACAUGGCCAGAACUGCUGCCUCAACUCUGCAACCUUCUCAACUCCGAGGAUUACAACACCUGCGAGGGUUCUUUCGGUGCGCUGCAGAAGAUCUGUGAGGACUCGUCUGAACUGCUGGACAGUGAUGCUCUGAAUCGACCCCUCAACAUCAUGAUCCCCAAAUUCCUGCAGUUCUUCAAACACUGCAGCCCCAAGAUCAGGUCUCAUGCCAUAGCGUGCGUGAAUCAGUUCAUUAUCGGCAGGGCUCAGGCUCUCAUGGACAACAUCGACACAUUCAUAGAGUCUCUGUUCGCGUUGGCGGCUGACGAAGACUGCGAGGUGAGGAAGAACGUGUGCAGAGCUCUGGUCAUGCUGUUGGAGGUCCGAAUCGACCGUCUGAUACCGCACAUGCACAGCAUCAUACAGUACAUGCUUCAGCGCACGCAGGACGCGGAUGAGAACGUGGCGCUGGAGGCGUGCGAGUUCUGGCUGACCCUAGCGGAGCAGCCCAUCUGUAAAGAGGCUCUGUCGGGACACCUGGUCCAACUCAUCCCCAUCCUGGUGAACGGAAUGAAGUAUUCUGAGAUCGACAUCAUUUUACUGAAGGGUGAUGUAGAGGAGGACGACAACGUCCCUGACAGCGAGCAGGACAUCAAGCCUCGCUUCCACAAGUCCCGCACCGUCACGCUGCAGCACGAGGGAGGAGAAGGAGAGGAGGGCGAGGACAUCGACGAAGAUGAGGAUGACGACGACGACACGCUGUCUGACUGGAACCUACGGAAGUGUUCUGCGGCGGCACUGGACGUGUUGGCUAACGUCUUUCGGGACGAGCUGCUGCCGCACUUGCUGCCGCUGCUGAAGGGUUUGUUGUUCCACCCGGACUGGGUCAUCAAAGAGUCUGGGAUACUGGUGCUGGGAGCCAUCGCUGAAGGCUGUAUGCAGGGGAUGGUACCGUACCUGCCCGAGCUCAUCCCACACCUGAUCCAGUGUCUGUGCGAUAAGAAGGCUCUUGUUCGCUCCAUCGCUUGCUGGACGCUCAGCCGCUAUGCACACUGGGUAGUGAGCCAGCCGCCGGACGCCCACCUCAAACCGCUCAUGACAGAACUGCUCAAACGCAUCCUGGACGGCAACAAGAGGGUGCAGGAGGCCGCCUGCAGUGCAUUUGCGACUCUGGAGGAGGAGGCGUGCACCGAGCUGGUUCCUUAUCUCAGCUUCAUAUUGGACACUCUGGUGUUUGCGUUCGGGAAAUAUCAGCACAAGAACCUGCUGAUCCUUUACGACGCCAUCGGCACCCUGGCAGACUCCGUCGGGCAUCAUCUGAACCAACCGGAAUACAUCCAGAAACUGAUGCCUCCUCUGAUCCAGAAGUGGAAUGAACUGAAAGACGAGGAUAAAGACCUGUUUCCCCUACUGGAGUGUUUGUCGUCUGUGGCUACAGCGUUACAGAGCGGUUUCCUGCCGUACUGCGAGCCCGUCUAUCAGCGCUGUGUGACUCUGGUGCAGAAAACACUUGCACAAGCCAUGAUGUACAGCCAGCAGCCGGAUCAGUACGAGGCUCCAGAUAAGGACUUCAUGAUUGUGGCUCUGGAUCUGCUGAGUGGUCUGGCCGAGGGUCUCGGGGGUCAUGUGGACCAGCUAGUUGCCCGUAGCAACAUCAUGACCCUUCUGUUCCAGUGUAUGCAGGACACCAUGCCCGAGGUGAGACAGAGCUCGUUCGCUCUGCUGGGCGAUCUGACCAAGGCCUGUUUUCCACACGUCAAACCCUGCAUCGCGGAGUUCAUGCCCAUCCUGGGGACGAAUCUGAACCCUGAGUUCAUCUCGGUGUGCAAUAACGCCACCUGGGCCAUCGGAGAGAUCUGCAUGCAGAUGGGUGUGGAGAUGCAGCCGUAUGUGUCUCUGGUUCUUCCUCACCUGGUGGAGAUCAUCAACAGACCCAACACUCCCAAAACCCUGCUGGAGAACACGGCCAUCACGAUUGGUCGCCUCGGGUACGUCUGUCCACAGGAAGUGGCUCCCAUGUUGCAACAGUUCAUCAGACCCUGGUGCACGUCGUUGCGAAACAUCCGAGAUAAUGAAGAAAAGGACUCCGCCUUCAGAGGCAUCUGCGUGAUGAUUGGUGUGAAUCCUGGCGGCGUGGUCCAGGAUUUCAUCUUCUUCUGUGAUGCGGUGGCCUCCUGGGUCAACCCUAAAGAUGACCUGAGGGACAUGUUCUACAAGAUCCUACACGGUUUUAAGGACCAGGUCGGCGAGGAGAACUGGCAGCAGUUCUCGGAGCAGUUCCCGCCCAUCCUGAAGGAACGCCUCUCUGCAUGCUAUGGCGUGUAGCCCCGCCCCUCUGCUUCACACACAGCAACCGCUGUCAGUUGAACCUUUAGGAGGGGGGAACUCAUCCAUCUGUGUAUUGCACUGCCCUGAUCAUGGGGGAGAGGGACGCGAUUGGCCGCUCCGCCUGACGGACAGAUCCCACGCCCUUUGUGUGUCCAUGAGGGUGGGUGGGUGGGUGGGAGGGGGGAGGGGACUCCUCUAGUUAACUGCAGAAUGCACCCAAUCACGGGGAAUAAACCUAAAAACGUAGGGAAGACGAGAGAUAGUGUAACCGAGGGAGAGCGAAAACUUAAGAGAGCGGGAGGGAGGUCGUAGGUUUAACGGGAGGGAGGUAUAGACAGUUAUCUGGGAAAUUAAGAUUAAGAUUAGGGAGGGAAGCUAGACAGCAACUGUUAUACAACUUUUUUUAAUCUCAAGUUAAUCCCAGGCAUAAGAAUCAAACGCAUUCACACGCAGACUGACCAUAGAAACUCUUGCACAUGAAGUUGCAAUAACUACGAGCGGCCUGCGGUGCCAGCGCUGCCGUAGCAAUAGCAUAAUCAGACUUUAACACUGAGACUAUCUAGGAAAGACUAGCGUCGUUUUUCUUUUUUUAAUAAUUACCAUUUGUGGAAACCAGAAAAAAAAAAAAAAAGAUGGUUAGCGCGCUAUGGCGAAUUUGUGUUUAUGAUCGUUAGUAAGGGAGCAUUUAUGAAUUCACAGUUUUCAUCAUCAUCCUCAUCGGCUUUGUCGUCGUCCUGUCCGAUUGUCGUCAUGAUUCUCUGCUUGCGUCUCUUAUGCGUAUCGUUUCUUUUACAAUGUUUCUUCUCACUUUUUUGCGUAGUUGGCUUGUAGUUUUUUCCUGGGCUUGGUCAGUGUUCGCUGUUUACAUCGUAGUUUACAGAUUUCAAUCACACCGUAGUUUAAUCUUGUCGUGAUUUCCAGAGAUUCGGUCUCGUCGUGAAGGAGCUGGAACGGAAACUCCAUAGUAUAACGAUCAUGACUUGCGUUGUGUGUGUGUGUGUGUGUGUGUGUAACAGUAGCUGUGUUGGGAGCUUUUAAGUGUGUUUCGUUUGUGUCAUUGCCAUGUAUUUUUUUUCGUACUUCGCAUACGUGUAUUCUGCGUUAAUAGAUUGUUAAUUGUUUUAAGGUACCUUACACUUGACUCCUGGACCCCUAUUGACCUGUAAACUGUGACCAACGAUGUGUGUGCGCUUGUGAGUGUGUGUGUGAAUGUAUUUGUACCGAUAAAUUUUGAUGCCAUAUUGAUAUUUGGUAUUUAGUGAUUUAAUCAGCUUAUCCAACAAACUACAACUAUAUCAAAUAUAGUUUUACAACAAUAAGGUUAAGUUUUUUUUAGUUUUGCUGCUAUUGCUGAUUGAUGAAUAGAACUGAAUUCACAACAUUUAAAUUCUAUUGGUGCAAAAUGCAUAAUUUAAAUUGGAUUAUCGCUUGUCAUGCACUUUUUUGUGUCUGUUUUUAUUCUUUUUUUUUUUGUAAGGACUUUGCUGGUAAAUUUACUGAUAAAACUGUUGGAUUCAUCAUGUGUCUUGUUUUUUUCUCGUCGUGACUAUUUGUUGGUUGGAAGAUUUGAAAUAAGAGCAAGCUGAAAGUAAAGACAGGAAGUGACAGUUGGAAGGAUGGCGAGGCGGGGAACGAUUGCUGCGUGUUGAAAUCUGCACUGAGA